AUGGAACACAAUACAAACAUCAUUCUAUUCUUCCUCUCAAUUGUAUUUCUAAUUGAUACUCAUAAAGAUAUUCAACCAUUAGAAACUAUUCCACCUGAUAAUCCAGUUAUUUACAUUAAAUAUGGACAAACACAAGAAUCAAAUUUUCGAGAUAUUCCAAAUGUAUCCUUCACAAAUCCAUCAACAUUAUUCCCAACUGCAUCACUACUUUCGGCAAAAACCAAUCAGUAUAUUCGUGAUCAAUUAGUUCUUUUAACUAAACUUUUUUCAUCAAUAUCAUUAAGUAGUACAGAUCGAGUCAUGCGUCAAAUAUAUAUGCAAUCAUUAAAUACAUUUAUUAUUGAAAAACGUAAUCUAACUGAACUUGUUACGGAAAUGGCUAAUUAUACAAAUCGUGCUAUUAUGAAAAAAUUAGAAGCUAUUAGAACUUUAGUUAAUAUAACUGAACAAUCAUAUCGAAGAUUUGCUGAAACAGAUGAAAAAACUCGAAAUGCUACAUCUCAAUAUAUGUUGCAACAUGGUUAUUUAAGUUCAAAGGAUGUUAUUACUGUAACAAUAAAUAGUACAUAUGAAAAUGCUUCACUUACAACAACAACAGAAGCAUCAAUAAAUGAUGAUACAGAUAAAAUAGUAACAAGUGGAACAUCGACACAAUCAACAACUACAAAUAAAAAUGAAGCUUCAUCAAGUGAAACACCCAAUGAACAUGGAAAUGAUGAAGAUGUAUUAAAAAAGAAAUUAUUUAUUCAAUCCAAAAAACAUUUUGGUGGUGCUUUUGUUAAUAUAACACAUAGCACAGUACAUGUGCCAACAAUUAUUUAUUCAUUAAAUCAAGAAAUUCUCUUAACUGCUAAUUGGUCUUAUAAUCUUAAUCAAGCAUUUAUUGAUAAUUAUAAUCAUGAUCCUGAAUUAACAUGGCAAUAUUUUUGUAGUCAAACAGGUCUCUAUCGUGUAUGGCCAGGUCAUAUAUGGGAUUAUCCGGAAGGUGAUACAGACAAAUUAGAUUUAUUUGAUUGUCGUGUACAAAAUUGGUAUAUUCGAGCAACAUCAUCACCACGUGAUGUUAUUAUUUUAAUAGAUGCAAGUGGUUCAAUGACUGGUUUAAAAAGAUCUAUUGCUAUACAAACAGUUGAAACCAUACUUGAUACUUUAUCUGAUGAUGAUUUUGUACAAAUAAUAAAAUUUCAAGACAGUGCAGACUAUAUUGAUGAUUGUUUUCAAAGUGGACUUGUUCAAGCAACAGUUGAAAAUCGACAUAAAUUUCGUACAUCAGUUAAUAAGCGUAUUACAACAAAUAAUGUUGCAAAUUUUUCUAAAGCACUUACUAAAGCAUUCGAUUUAUUAGAUAAAGCACGUGAAAAUAUAUCUCGAACAGAAAAUGCAAGAUUAAUAUGUCAAUGUCAUUAUUUAUCAACUGAUAAUCAAACAGGAGCACAACGUGAAGCAUUUUGUCCAUCAGAUUCAAAUGCAAAAAGUUAUGCAGAAGAUGAACCAAAAUUUUUGGAUAGUACUGGUUGUAAUAAAAUGAUAAUGAUUGUUACUGAUGGAGCAACUGAAACAGCUUUAAAUGUUUUUCAAACUCGUAAUUGGCAUCCAAAUAAUGUCUCGACAUGUCAUCCAAUUGAAACAAGAGUAUUUACUUAUAUGAUUGGAAGAGAAUUAGGAGAUCCAAAACAUAUUAAAUGGAUGUCAUGUGCUAAUAAAGGUUAUUAUGCACAUGUAUCAACUUUAGAAGAUAUUCAAGAAAAUGUUGAAGAUUAUAUUCCUGUAACAGCACGUCCAAUAGCAAUGUAUAAUGAUCAUGUCACUGUAUGGAGUAGUGUUUUUCUUGAUGUUGAAAGAACAUUACCAAUAAAAACAUAUAAAUGGUUUCCAUUUAAACUAACUGAUUUAUCAAUGUCAAUGGAUGAAUUUAAAAAUAAAUCAAAACCUGUUCAUUUGAUGAUUUCAAUUGCUCAACCUGUUCUUAAUCCACCACAAAAUAAAAAAGAUAUGACAAUUUUAUUGGGUGCUGUUGGUGUUGAUAUUCCAGUUAAACUUUUACAAGAAUUUUCACCGAAAUAUCGACUUGGUGUACAUGCUUAUUCAUUUAUGAUUAAUCAUAAUGGUUAUUUAAUGUUUCAUCCUGAUUUACGACCUGUGUUGGGUUUAUAUCGUAAACAAAAUUAUCAUUCAAUUGACUUGGAUAUGGUUGAAAUUCCUGAUAAUUUAAUGCGUUUUGUACAUCCUUUACCACCUAGUAAAAUUCAACAAAUACGAAGAGAUAUGAUACUAUCAAAAGAAAAUAAAAGAUCAGCUCGAGUUAAAAAACAUUUUGAUGAUAUGAGAAGAGUUGAAGAAGUUGAACAAAGAUAUUAUUAUGCAACAUUAGGAGAUAAAGAAUCAAAUCCAUUUAGUUUGGGUAUAGCUGUACGUUUUCCUUAUGGUGAAUAUGAAAUUCAAACAACAGAACCUGAAACUGAAAAAGUUCAAAUAGCUCUUCGUUUUAUUCGUCAACGAAAUGUUCGUAUUGCUGAUUGGAUUUAUUGUAAUUCUACAGCUGAAGAUAAUAUUGGUGAUACUGAAGAAUCAUUUCGUGGUUAUCUUAAAGAAAAAAUUGAAAUAAAACAACUUGUUUCAUGUCCAUAUAAAGCAAGUAAACAAUUAAUUUAUAUGAUGAUUGAAGAAUUAUAUAUCAUGAGUAAAUUUGAAAAUUGGACUAAAACUGGUAUAACUGGUCUCGAAAAUCCAAAUCCAUUGGAUAAUCCAGCACAUAUGGACUUUAAAGAAUAUCAACAUGAAAAUCAUUUACAUUGGAUAUUUUUAGCAACACGUUCAGGUAUAACUGCUUAUUGGCAAUUAUAUAAUUUAGCUAAUGAAGAACAUAUUCGACAAUUCGGUGAUGCAAAUCCAAAUUCAAUUGAAGCUAGUUAUUAUGAAAGAACAAUUAAUGCAACAUAUAUGUAUGGAGCUGAUCAUAUUGAGGGUGAUCAUCAUAUUUAUUCGCUUUUCUAUGGCAUAUCAAAUGUACAAGUAACAAAUCCACAAGGAAAUGUUGGUAGUACAACAACAACUACAACAACGACAAAAUCACAAAUGUAUUUAGUUAUAACAACAGCGAUUUGGAUGAAUAAAACAUCAAAUAAACCAUCAAAGAGAACUAAAGAAAGUGCACAAAAUGUUCCGUUUGGAGUUUUUGGAAUUAUGCUACCAUAUAAAAAUGUGAAAUCAAGACAUUUUUCGAAUCUUUGUGCAAAAAUGGAUACAGGAAUAUGUUAUAUUAUUGAUGAAAAUGGUUAUAUUAUGUUUAUUAGUCAACCAGAAGGAACUGAUAGAACGGAAGAUAUUGGAAAAUUUAUAGGUGAAUUCGAAGGUCCACUUAUGAAAGAUUUAGUGGCAAAAAAAGUCUUUUCAGAAGUGAAAAUGGUUGAUUUUCAAGGUGUUUGUUUACAACGUAAAUUACCAUUUGAAAAAAGUUCAGGUGGUCUCUUUCGUGGUAUUCUUCAAAAAAUUUUCAUCAUGAUAUGGAAUAUUAUUAAUCAUAUUGCUAUGAUUUUGGUUCGUGAUAUCGUAUAUUGGCCACAAUGGACUUAUGCAGCAAAAAAAGCCAAUAUUGCUAAUCAAAAUUCAACAGUCGAUGAACCCCCACCAAAGACUCAUGUUCGAGAAAGUCUUAGUAAUAUACUCUUAACACAUAUCGAUUUUCGUCGUCCAAUAUUAGAACAUAAAGGAUUUAAUAUAACAAAAGAUGAUGAUACUAUUGAAAAAAUACCUGAAUCAUGUAUUGAAGAAUUUAAUUUAUAUGUAUCAACAUGGAAAGGUUGGCAAGGACCAUUACCAUCAUCAGAUAAUUCUAUAACAUGGGAACAAGUUGAACGUGAAAAUUCUGUAUAUGGUACAAUUAGUUGUACACCUGUUAGAAAUGAAACACAAGAAAAUCUUGAUGAUUUAUAUGGAAAUCAGUCAAAUGGAACAAACUUUUCAACAACAAUUCCAACAACACCACCUUUACCCACCGCUGAAUCAUUUAGUUAUUCAAUAUCAAAAAUUCCUAAAAGUAAUUUAAUGAUGAUUUAUAUCAAUCAUCCAAAAGAAAAAUUACAAUUGUGUCCAAAAUUUAUCAUAAAACGUAGACCUGUGGAAUUUACACCAGACGAAUGGUGUACACGUUUAAAAACAACACCAUUUCGUGAACGACCACAAAAAUGUUAUUUUGUACAUGACGGAGAAAAUAAAACAUUAUUUUCAAAAUGUUCAAAUGCUAUUCGAUUGACAAAUCAUAAAUUAUUUAGCAACAUUAUUUGGAUUUUUAUUCUAUCGUUUCAUUAUAUAAGAAAUUGA